AUGCCCGCUAAAACUUCUUCUGCCGCUAAGGCCAAGACUGAGUCUUCCAAGAGCUUCGGCCUCGGUUAUGGUAUUCAGCCCAAGCGCAACCUUAACAGAUUUGUUAAGUGGCCCGCUUACAUUCGUCUCCAGAGACAGAAGAAGAUUCUUUCUCUUCGUCUUAAGGUUCCUCCUUCUAUCGCUCAGUUCAGCCAUGUUCUUGACAAGAGCACUGCUGCUCAGGCUUUCAAGCUUUUGAACAACUACCGUCCCGAAACUCGCGCCGAGAAGAAGGCUAGACUUGAGAAGGAGGCCGCUGCUGUUGCCGAUGGCAAGACCAAGCAGGAUGCUUCUGAGAAGCCCUACACUGUCAAGUACGGUCUUAAGCAUGUUGUUGCUCUUAUUGAGAACAAGAAGCCCCAGCUUGUUUUGGUUGCUGAUGAUGUUGACCCCAUUGAGCUUGUUGUUUUCAUUCCUGCUCUUUGCAGAAAGGUUGGUGUCCCUUAUGCUAUUGUUAAGGGUAAGGCUCGUCUUGGUACUCUUGUUCACAAGAAGACUGCCACCGUUGUUGCUCUCACUGAUGUUCGUGCUGGUGACAAGGCUGCUCUCUCUUCUCUUCUCUCUGCCAUUGAGUCUAACUACACUACUCAGCAUGAGGAGUCCCGCAAGAAGUGGGGUGGCGGUGUCCUUGGCUCCAAGUCUGUUGCUAAGAUCGAGAAGCGUGCUCGUCUUGCUGCUGAGACUCUCAAGAUCUAA